AUGAAGGUGUUGUCCAUCAAGAUUAUCAUAGUGGAAAUAUUUAAUAUAGAAACAAAAUGUAUUUUUAAUGUAACUGCAGUAACAGGCGAUUUUGGUAUAAGUAAAUCUGCAAUUGAAACAUCAGAUGAUGAUAAUGAGGUUUAUGGAAUCAUUCCGUAUGUUGCUCCGGAAGUUUUUCAAGGACAAAAAUAUACUAAAGCAUCAGAUAUAUAUAGUUUUGGUAUGAUUAUGUGGGAAUUAAUGACAGGUAGAAGACCAUUCUGGGAUAGAAGCCAUGAUACAGAACUUAUUAUUGAAAUAUGUGAUGGUCUUCGACCUCCAAUUGUCACAAAUGCACCUAAAGGUUAUAUUGAAUUAAUGCAAAAAUGUUGGCAUUCUGAUCCACAUGAAAGACCAAGUGCUAAUUGUAUUCGGAAUGAAUUUUGUUAUGAUGGUAAAUUGUAUCCCGAAAAAGAAAGUAAAAAUCCAACUAAGAUUAUAAAUUCACCGGAUAUCGGACCUGUAACAACAAAUAAUGCAGGCGCUAUCUUUAAAAGUAGGCCAUUAAGUACAAUGAUAAAAUCUGCCAACUUUACAAGAAGUCUAAGAUUAAAAGGUCAAAAUGCUGCUUCAGGACUUGACAAAAGAAAAUUUAAUAAUAAUUUGAUUGAGAAUAAUAAUAAUGAUAAAGAUAAAAUCCAUAAAAGACUUAAAUAUUGUGAAGAACAGAAUGAUAAUUACUUAACAC